CGGCUCGCAUCCCAUCGCCUAGCAUCACGGCAGGACCUAUAGAUUCACGCGCGGCAGACUGCCAAUAUGUACGAUAGAGGAUCCUAGGAGAGGCUAACGAUAUCGGGCCGGGAAUUGUGACAUGAAUGGUCAAGCGUGAUCGCGAAAUAGCCCCCGUCGCUGAUUUUAUGCGAAUUCAGGUCUCGCCCUCGGAAUCGAAUGCUCAAGUGCAUACUUGAAGGCUUGCCCCUCCUUAUACCCGCAACCUUUGGUUCCUUCCUCACCCCAUCCUAAUUCCGUGGUCCGCUUCACAAUUCGUCUGUGUUGCAGCUGCACACACCGACCUAGUGCAAAUGGUGCCAGCCUGCUCGUCGGCUGCUUUCCUUGCGUUUGUGCACUUGAUCGUCGGUGUAAUUGGUGAAUCGUGCUAUUACCCUGAUGGCUCCACAGAUUCCGGACACUUCGCGUGCAGCACUGGAGGUACCAGUGUUUGUUGCGCAGAAGGCUUCGAAUGUUUGAGCAAUGGGCUCUGCAACGACUACCGCUAUGAGAACUACACGAGGGUGUUAAGAGGUGGCUGUACGGAUAAAGAUUGGGGUGAAGGUUGUCCCCAGACCUGCACUUCACUCUGGCCGCAGGGGGAUGAGAUAGUGUAUGUCUGCAGCAACGACAAAUUCUGCUGUGGGCGCUCCGAGGCUUGCUGCGACGAUAACAAUGCCAAGUUCUUCGAUUUCGGAAAUCCACAGAUUAUUGCCACAGCCGGCAAGACGCAAGCCACCAGUACACCGCAAGGAGGGAACGAACAGGCAACGGCAUCAUCACAGCCGACGAAAGUAGGAGAGCAGAACGUACCGUCACAAACCCAGAGCCAGCAGCAAGAUGACGCGGCUUCGGCAACGAAGGCUUCCUCCACGGGGUCGCUGGAAGCGCCAUCGGAGACGCCAGCCAACACCAGAACAGACACUUCUGGCGAUAACACCGCAAAGGCGGAAGCUACCCAAGAGUCGGAAUCAAACACAACUGGGGCUCCAGGACGCACGAACACCGGCUCUUCUGUCGCAGGCUCUGGGUCUGGUUCCGCCGCUACGGACACCGCCGACAAACACGCCGCCACGCCCCCCAGUGACACUAACCACACCGUCGCCAUAGCCGCCGGUGUUGGCGUUGGAGUUGGCGUACUUGCUUUCCUCUUGGCCGUCGCCGGCUGCUGGCAUAUACGACGCAAACGGCAGCGUCCAGGCCUGCGGUCAAGGAACGUCCUCGAGAUUGGGGAAUCGUCCACGCCGGCAAUAGAGGUUGCAGAUAGUAAUUUUGGAGUCGUGGAAAAGGGGACAGGAAAUAACAGGGUGUUUGAACUUGACGGUCAUGCGAUGGAAGUGGAGCUCCCGGUUGGACACGAGGCAGAGGAGGUGCACGGGGAAAGCGCAGAGGGUAAAAAAUGGCCGGACAUGUUUAGGUAAAUAUCAACACAAUCUAUGGUAUCAAUCGCAGUUGUCUAGAUUCAACUGCCAUAUGCCUUCAAUAAUAGCUGGGGUCCCAAGCAUAAUUGAAGUUCAUCGCUCUCCGUCCCUUCGACACCGUGAGAUGUCUUCUGUCGUGAACCAUCUAAUGGUGU